AACGCGGUUAGCCGCGAUAGUGUACAGAGUGAGCGAUACCUACAGCUGCAGAUUUACCGGGAUACGGCGAUAAUAUAAUAUUAUUUUUGGUGUUAUUUUGAAAAGUCGGCGAAUCCGUUCGGCGUGGCGUGCGACAAUAAGCAUUUUCGUUUCGAUCAGUGUAUAACUAUUGUAGUUGAUAAUGACAAAAGUUUCAACGGCAUCUAAUAAAUCGUUACAUCUAACCGGGAUCGGAUUGGCAGUCCAGGCGUUUUAUAUAAAUUUAACACUGGACACUGUGAUGGGUGGUGAUUUUAUUCAGUUAAAGCCUGCAGGACCACCCAUCAUAAAUCCGGCGGGAGUCUGGAGCGUGGACCAAGUACCCCAGGGAUAUGCUACAGCUGGCAGUAAUUUGGCGUUAAACGGAUUGCAAGCGUUACAGGCGUUCGGUGGAAACAAAAUCGAUGCCAACGGAUAUCGAGACCAGAAUGGGUUCUACCGAGACAAUAACGGUGCACUGAACGGAUAUGACGUCGGCAAUACGUACGGCGGUGUCAACGACCGUGGCGUUACAAGUGUCGAAGGCGGAGCGUAUGGCGGGAUAAACGGACGGAACAAGGGACAUCAAGUCGCCGGAUUCAGCACUUCGUAUCAAAAAAACGAGAGCGGCAAUAAAGCUACGUAUUAUGACGACGGUCUUGGACACGGCGGAGUGAUUCAGUAUGGUGCAAAAGACCAGAGGUUCAGAGACGGCGAAGGCAAGGCGUUCGGUGGGGGCUACCACGAUUCGUCGGUGAAGACGAACGCGGUCGGCCAACAAGGCCAGUACGGCAACGGCAACGGUUACCACACCGCCGGCGGCCAGGCCGGCGACGCCGUCAACAAUCAGCUGUACGGCACGCGGUCCGACAGCGGCCCGGGCAUCGUGGCCGGCACGCCGUUUUUGGUGUCCACCGCCGACCCGCUACCGCCGGUCGUCCACCUGCCGCCGCAGUACGUGCAACAAGCCCCGCAGUACGUGCCCGCGGCCCCGCAGUACGUGCCGCAGGCCACUUACGCGCCCCAGGCCGGCUCGCAGUACGUCCCGCAGUCCCCGUACAUCCCGCAGGCUCCGCUCGUGGGCCAGGCCCCGUUCGCGGCCCAGGUCCCGUUCGCGGCCCAGGCCCCCGUUUUGUACCAGAACAACAUACCGCAAUUGCCGCCGGUCAUACAGCAGCAGCCGCCGGGAUCGAUACUGCCGCCGUACAACGUGCAAUUGCCCGCCCUCACGCUGUCGGCCCGCUCGCCGUCCGGCCAAUACGUCGUGCCCAUGCCGCCCAAACUGUACGUGGACAAGCCCAACGCCACCAAAACGGACGGUUGACCACUACGAACCGUUAU